GGCAAUUGCGCAAUCUCGCUUUCUUCACGCACUCUUUACGCUCUACUCAGCAAUCCGACGUCUAUCCAUUAGCUUGGCCGGGACCGAAGGAAAAAGAGUAUCAUAAUUUGCCAAUUUCUUUGUAUAUCGACGGAAAGAAUUGGAUCGAACCUCCACAAUGGCAGCUAUUCAGCUCAACUUUUCGCUCCGCACGUCGAGCGGCUGCAAGACAGUGCAUCUGCUAGGAUCAUGGGAUAACUACGCGGGACAGCUUCCGCUCUCCAAGGACCCGAAGAAGAGCGGCGGCUGGUUGGGAUGCUUCAAAUUCCAGGGCGCGACCUUGAAGCAGGGCCAGCGGUAUUGGUACUACUACAUCAUCGAUGGCUACCACGUCUCGCACGACCCCGCCAAGGACCACACCACCGAGCCCACCACCGGCCGCAAACUCAACAUCCUCGACAUCCCCGGCAAGACCUCCAAGACGUCCUCGUCCUCACACAGCUCCUCCCGCUCCUCAGGCACAUCCCGCGAACAGCGCCGCGUAAGCACCCAGUCCAUCCCAAAGGGCCGCUCCAUCUCGCCCUCCAAGAUCGUCGCGCCAAAGCCAAACCGCCCCUACCAAACCCGCGAAGUCAUACAAACCCAAUACGACAAGGCGACCCUCGACGCGCUAUCCUCGCGCUUCGCACGACAUACCAUCUCGCCUGCGUCGUCGGCAACAAGCAUCUCCGAAGACGACUCCGAAUUUGACUCUGAUGAUUCUGGCUCAGACGUGCCGUCGCUGACCUCCCGGUCGACAAACUCCUCCUCGCCAAGCAGUAUCUCGAGCGGCAGCUCGUGCUGCACGUGCGAGCGGUACGGCAUCACGCGGAGCGGGGACCGCGUCAAGCUCGACUGCGGCGGCGCGCGGUGCGGAUAUAGUGACGACAGCUCAGAGUGCUCAUCCGAAGAUGAAUACGUGUACGAGCAAAAGACGACGAGGCGGCAGGGCGUGGUGAUUCGGUCCUAACCUUGCCAGCCACUUACCCGCCACUGGCAGCUGACCACUGUGCGACGAAGGUUUUUCGAUCCAACUUCUUUUCUCUUGUCGAUAUUUUUGAUGAUACUUCUUUUUCUUUCCUUUAUUGACACGACAUGUUACGUCACGACCACUACACGCUCGUUGGAUAGAACG